AUGGCGAGCAGGGCCGGCGGGUCGGCGGCGCGACGGGUCUACCUCUCCCUCUACAACUGGGUCGUCUUCUUCGGAUGGGCGCAGGUGUUGUACCGUGCAGCGUCGGCGUUGCUGCUCGGGAGUGGCAGCCAUGAGGCCGUGUACGCCGCCGUCGAGCAGCCGCUGCUACUCGCGCAGACCGCCGCCUUCAUGGAGAUUCUUCAUUCCAUUCUAGGCUUCGUGAAGUCCCCGGUCUCUGUAUCUCUUUCACAGAUCAGUGGAAGGUUGUACCUCACAUGGGGCAUCCUGUGGACCUUUCCUGAGGUACAAUCUCAUAUUCUUGUUACUUCUUUGAUCCUAAGCUGGUCCGUCACUGAGGUCAUCAGAUAUUCAUUCUUCGGUACGAGAGAGACAUUUGGGUUUGAACCUUCCUGGCUCCUUUGGCUCAGGUACAGCACAUUUCUGGUGUUAUAUCCUAUCGGUUUGUUAAGCGAGGUUGGCCUAAUCUUUGUUGCCAUGCCCUCCAUGAAGGUAACCCAAUACUAUGCAUCGGCUGUCCUCACAACUCUUUACGUUCCAGGAUUUCCAUACCUGUUCCGUUACAUGCUUGCUAAGCGGAAGAAGGUCUUGUCAGCGGCAAAAACUGCAUGA